AUGAAUAAAGACAAUCAACAUAGUGUGUCAUUUGUUUCGUUCAUAGCUGUUACUGCUGUAGCCGUUUUGUUAAUCUCGCUUAAAUAUUGUAUACUUUAUGUAGUUACAAUUUUGAGUGCAGUUUGGUUAAUAAUCAAUUACUGGAAUUUCUUGGUCAGAGUAUGGCAAACACUUCCGAGGGACGCAAUAUUAAUCAAAGACUAUUCAACAUAUUUCAUCAAAAUAAGGAUAUGGAAUUUAUUGGGAUGUGACACAUAUGCUAAAAUUUUUAAAAGAAAUGUUGAAAAACAUCCAAAUAAAAUAGCAUUUAAGCAUGAAGGUUCUACAUGGAGAUAUAUAGAAGUAGAAGAGUUCAGCAACCAAAUUGCCAAUUAUUUCAAAGAGCAAGGAUUUAAGCGAGGUGAUAUUGUUGCUUUGUACAUGGAAAGUUGUCCAGAAUAUGUAUGCAUUUGGCUUGGUUUGUCUAAAAUUGGUGUUAUAGUAGCUUUAAUUAAUAAUAAUCUACGUGCUGACACAUUGGCACAUUCUAUAAAAGUAUCAAAUUGUUCAGCAGUCAUAAUUGGCAAGGAACAAAUUAACGCAUUGGUGGAAGUUAUUAAUACAACUACUGAUGAUAAAUUGAAUGAUCUGUUCACGAAAUCGAAUGUAUACAUUAAAAAUUACAUUGAUGACACUACUUCAUCGAUUAACACGCCAAUAAGUAAAGCUAUCAAUCUUGAUUAUGAACUAAAAGAAAUAUCAAAAAGUGCUCCCGUAAAAGAUAUUUCUGAAGGUAGUUCAAAAGAUCAAAUGCUAUAUAUUUAUACAUCAGGAACUACGGGUAUGCCAAAGGCUGCUAUUAUGACCCAAUCAAGAGCUAUUUAUAUGGCGAUGGGUGCUAAGCACAUAGCUGGAAUAACUGAACAUGACGUUGUGUAUACUCCGUUACCAUUGUAUCACACUGCUGGCGGUAUUUUGGGUGUUAGCAAUGUCCUUUUAGGAGGUUCAACGUGUGUUAUAAGGUCCAAGUUUUCAGCAUCUAACUAUUGGACUGAUUGCCGUAAAUAUGAAUGUACAGUUGCACAAUAUAUUGGUGAAAUGUGCCGUUAUUGUUUGGCUUCACCACCAUCUGAUGCCGACAAUACUCAUCAGGUCAGAUUGAUCUUAGGAAAUGGUCUUCGUCCUCAGAUAUGGAACGAUUUCAUUACGCGGUUUAAUAUAAAGAAAGUGGCAGAGUUCUAUGGAGCUACUGAGGGAAAUGCUAACAUGGUAAACACAACAAAUAAAGUUGGUGCUGUUGGAUUCAUCCCAUUCAUCGGAGAACCAUUUUAUCCUGUCUGGUUGAUACGUGUUGACCCAGAUACCAAUGAACCUAUUCGAGGAGAAAAUAAUCUAUGUAUUAAAUGUCAAGUUGGAGAGCCUGGAUUAUUGGUUGGAACAAUAAGAAAAACAACUGAAAAUUCUUUUAGUGGUUACGUGGAGAAAUCAGCUUCUGAGAAAAAAAUCAUCAAAGAUGUUUUUUGUAAAGGAGACAAAGUAUUUAACUCUGGUGAUGUGCUAGUUCGAGAUGAACUCAAUUUCUUUUACUUUAAAGACCGUACAGGAGAUACUUUCAGGUGGAAAGGUGAAAAUGUUUCAACAUCAGAAGUGGAGGCUGCUAUUAGUAAUAUAGUUAAAUUGAAAGAUUGUUUAGUUUAUGGAGUAGAGGUACCGAAUACAGAAGGAAAAGCCGGAAUGGUCGCCAUUGUAGAUGAAACUAGUGACUUAGAUUUGGAUAAAUUGUCUGCUGGAAUCAAUAAAUCAUUGCCAGCCUAUGCGCGACCACUAUUUUUACGAGUUGUUAAAACACCCGUGUCACUAACUGGAACAUUCAAGAUGAAAAAAAAUGAUGUUCAAAAUGAUGGAUUUGAUCUUACCAAAGUUGCUGACGAUCCUUUAUACUUUAAUGAAGGAAGGAAGUUCGUUCCACUCACCCAAGAGUUACAUGACAGCAUUGUAAAUGGAGAAAAGAGAUUAUAA